AGUCUUGCACUAAACGGGACUCCCACUAGAGGUACCCCCCUGGACAGAUUUGCCAGUGUCUAUAUUGACUGUAUUUUGUAGCUCAAACGUGCUGAGAGCGCAAAUAUGAGCUAUUAAACACUAAGUUCGAACACUCGUAUCGUUAAAUGUUUGGAACUUCACUCUGCCAUAUAACUUUUCAGAUCAGCAUUUCCACUGAUCUUGGACUGUAAUUUUUUUAGAACACAUUGCCAAAAGUUUGAACGAUAGUUUCCUGAAAGAAACAUUAGCUAAUGACAACAAACGAAGAAAAAAUGUAUGCCACAAUCAUCAUAUGAGGCGACACCACUUUUAAAGAAGUUGAUCCAGUCCAUCCACAGCAUACGUAAGAGCGCUACUUCAGAGUGAAUAGUUUCAGAGCGCCUACCCUCAGACACAAGUCAAAUGCUGAGGCGCGUAACCCUGUAAGUGGAAGCUCGCAGGUAGGAGAGCGCAUUUCGGUCUUCACUCUGUGCUUUGAAAUAGCUACUUCUUGAUUUCAGCGUGCUAUGCCUUCCGAGAUUUUGGUUGGAGAGGGGGAAGUACAGGAUGGAGAACAAGGCGACUGAUGUCUGUAUGGGCUGAAGACAAGAGCGCGCUAUGGAGAUGACCGCUCGCCUUGCGCACUUUGACACCAAGGUGGAUGGCAGAAACUGUGAUGGACUUAUCAACCACAACGGGGAAACGAUGGAGAUAAGAGUCCCGCUGUCUCACACGGUCAAGAGACUCAGUCCGAUCGAGGGGGGAAAUCUUUACAGACUGCGUGACAGAAAGUUUCUUUUGGAGGACAAGAAGCGCCUCUGCGCGUGGGCACUGGGAACCGCGACGUUAGGCAUUCUGCUGAUGGUAUUACAUGCUGAGCUGUGCCCAGUAGUGUAUCACCCAGGAUCCAUAUAUGCCCUUUCCAUAAAUGGUCUCAUCAGUUUCUCCACGGGGUGUUUGCUCAUUCUCAUCAUCGCCUUCCAUUAUAAAGACAUCAGACUUUUCAUCAUUGACCACAACCAGGUGGACUGGCGCAUUGCCAUGACCAGUAACCGGGUGCUUGCCAUCUCCCUGGAGCUCGUUGUCUGUGCUAUCCAUCCCGUGGCUAUCUACCUGAGGCCUGAUAUGGAGGACAGACUCGGGGGAAAGCCGGAGCAAAAUUCCUCCACCCCCCUCUGCUUGUCUUCCAGUCACAAAGAAGUCAUGCUGGAUGUGGAGCUGCUGCUGUCGGCCCUCAUGUUCCUCCGACUUUAUCUCGUGCACAGAGCCGUCCUGCUACACAGCAAGGUGCUCCUCAGCGCCUCGUACAGGAGCAUCGGCUCCCUCAACAACAUCAACUUCACCUUCCGCUUUGUGCUCAAGGUGCUAAUGAACAAGUAUCCGGCCCGCACGCUGCUGGUCUUCAUUAUGUUCUUCUGGCUCUCCGCGGCUUGGAUGCUGCGACUGUGUGAAAGGCAGCAGCAGGUAGAGACAGGUGGCAUGGACACCGCACUGUGGCUCAUAGCCAUCACCUUCCUCACAGUGGGAUAUGGAGAUGUGUCCCCUCACACCAGCUGUGGCAAGGUGGUGUGUCUCUUCACAGGUGUCAUGGGUGUGGCAUGUACUGCUAUGUUGGUAGCCGUCAUGACUAAGAAAUUGGCGCUUAACAAAGGGGAGAAACAUGUGCAUUUCUUCAUGAUGGACAUUCAGAUCUCCAAACGGAUCCGGCACGCAGCAGCCAACGUGCUAAGAGAAUGUUGGCUACUGCAUCGCACCACCCAGACAAAAGACAACAGCGGAGAGCAUCGUCACCACCAGAGAUGCCUGCUGGAGGCCAUCCGUGUAUUUCGUCACCUGCGAUUAAAGCAGAGGAAGAUAAGGGAUUAUGCCAGUGAGAUGGUGGAUCUCUCGAAGAUGCAGAUGAUCAUGUGUGAUCUGAGUGAAAACUGGAACAGCUCUUACCAUGAGCUUGAGCAGCGAAUCAUCUCUAUGGAGCAGAAGCUGGACGAGCUGGGACGCUCCUUCCAAAUCACCUCUGAGCUGCUCACACAGGCGCUACAUUGCCGCAGACUGGACCACAGGUGACCUGUGACAUCUCUCUUGAAGGCUAAUAUAGUCUUCAUCUUCUGAGUGUUCUUCAAUCAAGCCUCUUGAACUGAUGGAGGAACUUUAUGAUGGGGAUUAACUUCAAAGGGAUUAAGAGCAGCAACAACCAUAGGAGACAUCCUUUUAUUUUGAACAGACUUUCUGUCAUGUGUAUUUAUGAACACUUCCUCAAUGCUACAGACAUGAACUUAUGAAAAGGCUAUUUUGAUUAUUUUAAACUUUUGAGUUUCAGUUUAUGAUUGAUACCGAAACUAUGAAAUGGAGAUUCUGGUGUUACAUUAAGGAACACAUUAAGAUUACUUGUAACUCAAUCGCACAGGCCUCGGUGUGAUUUAUGUCAGUGUGGUCACAGAAGGAACGUGAAACUGAAAAAAUGUGAAGAAGAAAUUACCAGUCUUUCUAUAGUUCCUGUUCCUAGGUGAGACUGGGGAAGUUAGUCUUAAUCAAACUGAAGAAAACACCUUAACUUCAGAAGUUCAUCUCAGAAUUGGGAAGUAUGAAUCAUGCUGAGCAACUUGAUAAUAACUUUAUGACUCUAAUUUGAUACACUAUUUUUCAGUUAUGUGCGUACAACCUGGUAAUGACACAUUGAUGAACGUCUUGUAACUUGCUGGCAACUUUUUCAAAGGUAAGUCAGAUAAAUUGUCGUUAUUAAAUUGUCAAGGAUAAGCCAGACUUCCUCACAGACUAUUGCCCUUGUACACUGAUAUUUUUAGAACAACCCUAAUUGAACCAGAACCACCUGCACCCACAGCACCCCAAUAAAAAAAAUCUGGGAAUGACUUGAAUUUCCAUCAGCCCUUUAACCUGACAGGGCAUCUGUUGAAUUACGGCAUGUGGUGGCUCUAAUGACACCAUGAAAAGGUUUUGCGUAGUAUGGUAUCCAGAAUAUGGGUGUAACAGAAAAAUCUUUAUUGCUCAAGCCUGUAGUAAAGUUCAUUAAGACCAGAGGCUGUCAGUCCUCUCUGGUAUCUCCUCCUGGUGGACAAAAGUAUGUGUUACAUGUUUGGCCAUCAUCCCUGUGCUUGUCCUGUAUCGUUUGUGAUGAAUAAUUUCAAAAGAGACUCAAUACUUAGAUGUGUUUGCAGUAUAAUGAUGAUAUGAUGGCAAUGGGAAUAAGAAAAGAGGUCAGGUCUGUUCUAUUUAGGUUUUUAUAAACAAACAGGAACUUCGUCUUAGUUUUACUGGUGUCUUCGCAUAUUUGAAACUGCUGGUAUGAGGGAAGCAUAUGAAUGGCACAUGACUCAUUAUUUCACCAAUCAAUAACUGUUGCUGCUUAUUCAGGAACAUAGUGAAGCAAACCAGAACUUUUUUAUCGCUUUAGAAUCAAGAUAAGUUGAUCAGGAAUUCAGUUUUGCAUGUAUUGUGAAAUAUACAUAAAAAAUGUCAGGAGAUAAUGACGGAUAAACGUUUACAGCAUUAUUUUUGCACAUUUUAAUAAAGCCAUCUCAUGUUAACAUAAUUUUGUGUUUUUCCAACUACAUGAUGAAGAAAACGCUUUUAAAAAACCACACAGAACACUUUGUGUAUUUAUGUAAAAAAUGUUUUAUUACAAAUGGGUUAGAAUGAAUCAUUGCCUUACAAUACAAAACCCCUAUAAAAAAUUUAAAAAGUGUAUUUGUUUGGUCAUUAAUAAAUGAGAGCUUGCUUAAAAUACUCC